CAUGACGUCGAUCGUAGCUGGACGUAAACUUCCGUGUUGGGAUUUUGUUGUCAACACGGCAGCGGCGGAUUCCAGCUAAUGCUACGUGUAUCUGGAAACUCCCGACUCUGCUCCGGAACCGAUUUGAAAGUCGGUACAUUUUCCCUCACCUUUACUUUUGAGUGUUUUCAGAUGUAAAAUGACUUUCUGUCGAAGUCUUUCAGCGCUUCUUGUACCGGUAUGCUGGGUCGUCUUGUCCGUGGCGGAGGACUUGAACGCCGUCAGAAGCACCGCAGCUCCCAGACCCACCGUGACGAACUCCAGCAGGGUGAAGUCCACAAACAGCAGCGGGAAGGGUCCGUCGAGUGACUUCAGCGUGGACAGCUCGAUGAUCCAGAGGACCCUUUACGUCCUCGUUGGCAUCACAAUUAUCGGCGUUCUCUACUUCCUCAUCCGAGCUGUGCGGCUGAAGAAACCUGCUCACAGGAAGAAGUACGGCCUGUUGUCCAACUACGAUGAUGCUGUGGAGAUGGAGGCAGUGGAGAGCGACGAGGAUGACACGGUGUACGAAGCUCGAAGCCUCCGCAGAUGAGUCCUGGUCUUUGUCCUCUGACGGAUCGGCUCGUAUUGAUUACAGAUCGAGAGAGAACAAGAGUGGGAGAACUGACCAACGACUGCUGGAGGAAGGGGAGGAAAAAAAGACCAAACAGUCAUUGUAGAAAAAUGCCAAAUCUCUGAGCUGCUCAAGGAAGAUGAGCAGGAUAAUCAGUUUUUUUAAAUGUGGUGUGAGAUAACAAACCUGCAGACAUGACAGAUCUGUGGAUCCUUCAUGAGACCAAAAGUUCCUUCUCUGUUCGUUAUUCUUAUUAAUAUUAUUUCAGUGUUUUUCUAAGAGAUUGUUUGUUGUAUUUUUCCACUCUGAGAUUUUCUGCUCUGACUACGUGCUUUAUACUACUGCAGUCUGACGGCAGGCGGCGGCAGCAAGCAGUGUGAAAUGCUGCAGUUGAUCAGGAUUCGUUAUCCUGACAGACUCUCAGCCUGCGCUGAAACAAAGUGUUACGAAACUUUUGAUCAGACUAAAAGGGUGAAAGUGAAGCUUUUUGUAUAACUCUUUGAUUCCUGAUGAUUUGUUUUCUCUGUGGACGAGGUUCACACUUCUUAACACAAACAUUAAAAU